CAGAAUAUACAAUAUUUUGUGUUUUUUUUAGUGUAUUAUACAAAGAUAAAUGCUGAUAUUAGAACAAAAUACAAUACUGCUGUUAAAAUAUGUGUUAAAUUAUAACUGAUGACCAAAAAAUGUUUUUCUAAAAGAAGAGUUAAGCAGUUCUCAAUUUAUUAAUAAAUAUAGACAAUGUUUAUCAAUAAGGUUAUACAUAUUAUAAGACGAAAUGUUUCAUGUGAAACUAUUAAGAAGUCCAAUACACUUUUAUUAAGAGAUUACACUAAUAAUUUCCGAUACUCGUCUAAAAGGAAUUUUAGAUAUUUUUCCUAUGAACAGAAGCUGAAGAGAAAUCGUAUCCUGUUAUUGCUUUUUAUCCCUUGUUUUGUUACAAGUUUGGUCGGCUGGAAAAGUUUCAGUAUAAAAGGAAGGUACUUCCCUUUUGUUGAUGCAGCUGAACAGAUUACAGAAGAGGAAUCUAAUGACGAAGAUAAACAAAUAGAAGAACAGGAUAAUGAAAAGAAAAAGAAGAAAGAGAAAAUUGGUUUCAGAGAUCGAAAGAUUAUAGAAUAUGAAAAUCGUUUAAGGGCAUAUUCAACUCCAGAUAAAAUUUUUCGUUAUUUUGCGACCGUAAAAGUGUCGCACCUAGACAAUACCGAAGUUUAUAUGACGCCUGAUGACUUUGUGAGAUCAAUUACUCCUGGCAUGAGACAACCGGAUGGACUUGGCCUGGACAAAUACAGACGCUAUGAUCCAAAGCAUAUUCACACAAAAUUAGAGUUGGCUUUGGACGAGGACAGCAUUUUCUAUAAACUUGGAAGUGCAGGCUUAAUCACUUUCUCUGAUUACAUAUUUCUGCUUACAGUGUUAUCCACUUCCAGAAGACAUUUUGAAAUUGCCUUCAGAAUGUUUGACUUCAACGGCGAUGGUGAUGUGGACUCCGAAGAAUUUGGUAAAGUUGCUACUUUAAUUCGACAACAAACUAGUAUUGGUAAUCGUCAUCGUGAUCAUGUCGCUACUGGCAAUAUGUUCAAGGGUGUUAAUUCAGCGUUAACUACCUACUUUUUUGGAUCCAACAUGAAUGGGAAGCUGACAAUUGAAAAAUUCCUUGAUUUUCAGCAACAAUUACAGAAGGAAAUACUUAGCUUGGAGUUUGAACGAAGACAUCCUGAUGAAAAUGGUCGAAUAAGUGAAGUAGAUUUCACUGAAUUAUUACUUGCUUAUGCCGGAUAUCCUGACAAGAAGAAAACAAAGAUUAUAAAAACUGUGAAAAAACGCUUCAAAGACGAUUCAAAAGGAAUUGAUAAAGACGAGUACUUGAAAUUCUUUCAUUUCUUAAAUAAUAUUAACGACGUGGAUACAGCACUGACGUUUUAUCAUAUUGCAGGAGCAUCCAUAGAUCAAGCUACAUUAAAGCAUGUAGCAAAAACAGUGGCACACGUUGACUUGAGCGAUCAUGUAAUACAAGUGGUUUACACGAUUUUUGAUGAGAACCUGGAUGGCCAAUUAAGUAACAAAGAAUUUGUUGCUGUGAUGAAAAACAGAGUUUUGAGAGGAUUAGAAAAACCGAAAGACACUGGAUUUGUAAAAUUAAUUGAAUCACUAGCUAAGUGCUUAAAGAUUACGUAUAACAUGCAUUUUGAAAAUUAUAAUAAAUAGCUUUCAAAAUAUGAAUUUCAAAAUAAAAUUAACUAAUUAUUUAUCUCAUUGAAGUGACAUGUAUACUAUGUAAUUUUAAAAACAAACAAGUGUGUGUAAUAAAAAUGAAAUAUUA